AUGAGGCCAAUCCUGUUGCCGGAUCCACCCAGUCUAUCUACCGGCGUACCUGAGAUUUUCGAGCAAGGCGGAGCUCAGAACGUCGUCAGACGCGCCGUCGUCAUUGGAAACGGUUUCCCUGGCUCCGAUAAUCAGUGUAUCGGUCUCGUUCGUGCGCUCGGCUUGGCCGAAAAUCCCCUGCUCUACCGAGUUACAAGGCCUAAAGGAGGGAUAAAUGAGUGGCUACACUGGCUCCCAGUUGGUUUUCACAAGAAGCUGGAAUUUAUCCUCAGGCAUAUAUAUCUCUACUCCAGAUUGAUGCUUAGGUCCAAACAAAGUAAAUACAUCGCAUCUGUGCCCUCAGAGAAUGGUGGCGGUGUAGGCUUGUCGUCUAUUCUAGAGGCUGACGUGAAGAAGAUUGUGACCAUGGCUCGUGGGACAUAUGAAAAGGAUGGCCCGUUGGUAGUGAUUGCAUGUGGGAGAGAUACAGUUUCUAUUGCUAGCUCGAUAAGGCGUCUGGCUUCUGAAAACGUCUUCGUUGUUCAGAUACAACAUCCCAGAUCACACUUAAAUAGGUUUGACAUGGUGAUCACGCCUCGUCACGACUACUAUCCUCUAACCCCCGAAGCGCAAGAGCAGAUUCCUAGAUUUCUGCGUAGGUGGAUAACUCCUCGUGAACCACCUCAGGAUCACGUUGUCUUGACUACUGGAGCUCUACACCAGAUCGAUUAUGCGUCACUCCGUAAAUCAGCUAGUGCCUGGCAUGAUGAGUUUGCUGCUCUUCCAAAGCCCUUAGUUGUGGUUAACAUUGGCUGGCCUAGACGUAACUGUCGGUAUGGAGCAGACAUCGCAAAGCAGCUAACAGACGCCCUUCUUAGUGUCCUUGCCACCUGUGGAAGUGUCAGAAUUGCUCUCUCAUACAAAACCCCUGAAAAGGUUUCAAGAGUAAUUAUCAAAGAACUAGGAGAUAACCCAAAAGUUUUUAUUUGGAACGGCGAAGAACCAAAUCCUUACAUGGGACAUUUAGCGUGGGGUGAUGCCUUUGUAGUGACAGCAGAUUCUGUCAGUCUCAUAAGCGAAGCCUGUAGCACCGGGAAACCAGUGUACGUAGUUGGAGCCGAUCACUGUAAAUGGAAGAUUGCAGAUUUCCACAAGUCUUUGAGGGAGCGAGGAGUCAUCCGCUCGUUUGCGGGUUUCGAAGAUAUGUCGGAAAGUUGGAGUUAUCCGCCAUUGAAUGACACAGCAGAGGCAGCUACGAGAGUACGGGCUGCAUUAGCUGCACGUGGAUGGAGUAUACGCUCUUGA